AUGGCGGAAGUCCUCUUGGAGCUGGGGCCUGGGCCAGUGGAAGAGCUACCCAAGUCAGCCUACAUGCACCAGCUCUUGGGCCUCAACCUCCUCUUACUGCUGUCCCAGGAUUGGGUGGCUGAGUUCCACAUGAAGUUGGAGUGGCUGCCUGCCAAGGACAUCCAGACCAAUGUCUGCAUCAAGCACCCUGUGUCCUGUGUCCAGGAGCCAUACCUGAUGGAGGGCGGCUACAACAAGGUGUUCCUGGCCAAGGGUAACAUCGCUGCCAAGAGCUACACCUUCAUCUGCAUCCUGCUUGACACUAUCAGGGAUGAGAUGGCUGGGUGCAUUGAGAACACCUACGAGAAAAUCCUUUUCACCAAGGCCACCUGGACCCUCUUCCUCAACACACCCAAACAGAUGACGGACAACACCAGGAAGUGAGGGUGGGUCCUGGGCCCCAAAUACUACAGUUUUGCCAGCCAGCAGCAGAAGCUGGAAGACACCACCAUUCUAAGUAUGCCCGGCAGCCCACCAGGCAGGCACUGGGCGUAUAGUUUCCACGGGACUUUGGACUUAGGUCAUCUCCUGGGGAGGGACACUGUGGGCAGCAGUGAAUCCUGGAAGCAGGAUCAGAAGCAAGACAGAAAUAGCAGAGGAUGGAUGUUUCUCUUAGUGUGUUCUGCGGCUGAAUUCAGUAUUCAGGCCCUGACUGGGGCUCAGAAACUGCAAUUCAUUUUUAUCAGCGGCAGUGUAACUGCCCCUGGGGCCUCAGGUUCCAGGAGCCAGUUACAGGUGGCUUUAAAGGUGAGACGCUCCGGUGAAAAAUUAAACCAGUGGCAAUUUUCAACGUUUGUAGCAUCUGUUACCCUACACUUCAGCACCCGGAGUCUGGACAGCUCCGCAGGCCGCGCUCCGGAGGCAGCAUAA